AUGGCGACCACCUCGUCGUUGUUUAUGUACUCGUUGACCAUCCAGCCCCCUACAGCGAUUACUCAAGCAAUUUUGGGCCAGUUCGCGGGGACUAAGGAACAGCAGAUCGUCACUGCGUCUGGUUCGAAGCUCACAAUCCACCGGCCAGACCCGACACAGGGAAAAAUUAGAACUCUGUUUUCUCAAGAUGUGUUUGGCAUUAUCCGGACGCUCGCGGCAUUUAGGCUAGCUGGUGGCAGCAAAGAUUACAUCAUCAUCGGAUCUGACUCUGGGCGGAUUACCAUCAUCGAAUAUGUACCUUCCCAGAACCGAUUCAACAGAAUCCAUCUCGAGACUUUCGGGAAAUCGGGCAUUCGACGCGUUAUCCCUGGUCAGUACUUAGCUGUUGAUCCAAAAGGAAGAGCAUGUUUAAUUGCCUCGGUGGAGAAAAACAAGUUGGUCUAUGUCCUCAACCGAAAUACACAAGCUGAGUUGACGAUAUCCUCGCCAUUGGAGGCCCAUAAACCCCAGACUCUGGUUUUCGCCUUGACAGCUCUGGAUGUCGGUUAUGACAAUCCGAUAUUUGCGGCUUUGGAAGUUGAAUACACUGAAGCCGACCAAGACCCAACUGGGCAAGCCUAUGAGGAGCUUGAAAAGCAAUUAGUUUAUUACGAGCUCGAUCUAGGGUUGAACCAUGUUGUUAGGAAAUGGUCGGAUCCUGUUGACCGCUCCGCAACUAUGCUAUUCCAGGUUCCUGGUGGUGCAGAUGGUCCUAGUGGUUGUCUUGUGUGUGCUGAGGACAACAUCACCUACCGUCACUCAAAUCAGGAUGCCUUCCGCGUACCGAUACCCCGUCGCAGUGGACCUACGGAAAACCCAGAGAGAAAACGAUGUAUUGUCGCCGGAGUCAUGCAUAAAAUGCGCGGCGCCUUUUUCUUCUUGCUGCAAACCGAGGACGGUGAUCUCUUCAAGGUUACUAUUGAUAUGGUUGAAGAUGAUAACGGACAAAUAACAGGGGAAGUCAGAAGAUUAAAACUCAAAUAUUUCGACACCGUUCCAAUCGCUUCAAGUUUAUGCAUUUUGAAGAGCGGGUUCCUUUUCGUCGCCAGUGAAACGGGAAAUCAUCACUUUUACCAAUUUGAAAAACUGGGAGAUGAUGACGAUGAAAUCGAGUUUACUAGCGACUCGUUCUCCGCCAAUCCUUCUGAACCGCUGCCUCCUGUUUAUUUCCACCCACGACUCUCUGAAAAUGUGCAUCUUGUCGAAAAUGUGAAUUCUCUCAAUCCAUUGAUGGAUUGCAAGAUCACAAACUUGACGGAAGAUGAUGCACCCCAAAUAUAUACUAUUUGUGGUACAGGGGCAAGGAGCAGCUUCAGGACUCUUAAGCACGGCUUGGAAGUUACUGAAAUCGUGGAGUCGGAACUACCGAGUGUUCCAUCUGCAGUUUGGACCUCUAAGCUCACUCGCGAGGACGAAUUCGAUGCUUACAUUAUUUUGUCUUUUUCCAAUGGCACUCUCGUCCUCAGUAUUGGAGAAACUGUGGAAGAAGUCACAGAUACCGGCUUCCUAUCCUCGGCACCAACCCUGGCGGUUCAGCAACUUGGAGAGGAUUCUCUCAUCCAAGUGCAUCCCAAGGGAAUACGACAUAUCCAUGCAGAUAGACGAGUGAACGAAUGGCCUGCCCCUCAGCAUCGUUCCAUUGUUGCUGCGACUACAAAUGAGCGGCAAGUCGCCGUUGCACUAAGCUCUGGGGAGAUUGUGUACUUUGAAAUGGACACGGAUGGUUCUCUUGCGGAGUACGAUGAGAAAAGAGAAAUGUCCGGCACAGUUACUUGUCUCAGCCUGGGAGAGGUUCCGAAAGGGCGUGCAAGGAGUUCUUUCCUCGCUGUGGGCUGCGACGACUCUACCGUCAGAAUUCUGAGCCUUGAUCCGGACUCAACACUCGGAAAUAAGUCCGUCCAGGCACUUACAUCCGCUCCAUCUGCACUGUCAAUUAUGGCAAUGGCUGAUUCCACGUCUGGUGGGUCCACGCUUUAUCUACAUAUCGGCCUCUAUUCGGGCAUCUAUCUUCGCACGGUGCUUGAUGAGGUGACGGGAGAACUAUCCGAUACUCGCACCAGAUUCCUCGGUUUAAAGCCUGUUAAACUCUUCCAAGUUUCUGUUAAGGAGCAAAAGGCCGUUCUCGCGUUGAGCUCACGUCCUUGGCUUGGGUAUUCGGAUCUCCAAACGAAGGCAUUUAUGCUUACACCUUUAGAUUAUGUCGGUCUAGAAUGGGGUUGGAACUUCAGCAGUGAGCAGUGCGUUGAAGGCAUGGUUGGUAUCCAAGGACAAAACCUGAGAAUAUUCUCUAUUGAAAAAUUGGAGAACAAUCUGCUUCAAGAGACAAUCUCGCUCACUUACACACCGCGCCAAUUCAUUAAACACCCUGAGCAGCCACUCUUUUAUGUCAUUGAAGCAGACAAUAAUAUCCUUUCGCCGGCAACAAGGACCAAGCUUCUCAACGACUCAGAUGCUGUCAACGGCGAUGCAACGGUGUUACCACCCGAGGACUUUGGCUAUCCACGAGGAACGGGACAUUGGGCGUCAUGCAUACAGAUUGUCGAUCCAGUAAAUUCAAAAAGCGUAGUUUCGCAGAUAGAGCUGGAAGAAAAUGAAGCUGCCGUUAGUGUGGCCGCUGUCUCGUUCUCGAGCCAAGAUGAUGAAACAUUCUUGGUAGUAGGGACUGGAAAAGAUAUGGUAGUUAAUCCCCGAUCAUGUUCAGCUGGGUUUAUCCAUAUCUACCGGUUCCAGGAAGACGGCAAAGAACUGGAAUUCAUUCAUAAAACGAAGGUUGAGCAACCACCCGUGGCUCUUCUUGGCUUUCAGGGGCGUCUUCUGGCAGGUAUUGGCACAGAUGUCAGAAUUUACGACUUGGGAAUGAGGCAAAUGCUCCGUAAGUGCCAGGCUUCAGUUGUCCCGCACCUUGUUGUCGGCCUGCAAACACAAGGCAGUCGGAUUAUCGUGAGCGAUGUUCAGGAAAGCGUCACGUAUGUCGUCUACAAGUCUCAGGAAAAUCGCCUGAUUCCAUUCGUUGAUGAUGUUAUUUCCCGUUGGACCACUUGCACGACAAUGGUGGAUUACGAAACUGUUGCUGGAGGAGACAAGUUUGGGAAUCUGUGGCUGCUCCGGUGUCCCGCCAAGGCAUCGGAAGAAGCUGAUGAGGAUGGGUCAGGGGCCCAUCUAAUUCAUGAGCGACAAUACCUUCAAGGUGCCCCGAACAGACUAAAUCUCGUUGCUCACUUCUAUCCCCAGGAUUUGCCCACCAGCAUACAGAAGGCACAAUUAGUCACGGGGGGACGAGAUAUCCUCGUCUGGACAGGACUUCAAGGGACGGUGGGGAUGUUGAUACCAUUCAUUAGCCGGGAAGAAGUGGAUUUUUUCCAAAGUCUCGAGAUGCAGCUUGCCGCCCAGAAUCCUCCGCUCGCUGGACGAGAUCAUCUAAUAUAUAGGAGUUACUAUGCUCCCGCAAAGGGCACCAUCGAUGGCGAUCUCUGCGAAACCUAUCUUUUGCUUCCAAAUGACAAGAAACAACAAAUUGCUGGAGAGUUGGACAGGUCGGUACGAGAAAUUGAGCGGAAAAUUGCAGUAUGUUUUACCCUUCUGUUUUAG